AUGGGUUGCAGUGUAAUUUUCAGCGUUAGAUUAGAACUUGAUGGAGCGAGAGGAGUAAUCCUAAGAGGUAGGAGUGCAUUCCUAUGCUGGGACGAGGGUGAACUCUCAAGUGCCGGCGGUGAUGGUGGUGGAGGUGAAUUUUUAGGUGGUUUUGGCGAUGGUGGAGGUGGGGAAUUCGCAGGUGGGUUGGAUGACGGCGGUGGAGGUGAACUCACUGGUGGAGUUGAACUAGGUGGUGGUGUUGAACUCAAUGGUGGAGUAGAAUUAGGUGGUGGUGGUGACGGUGGAGGUGAAGUUUUUGCGCAGAGUUAUGAUUGUACGCAGAUGGGGAAAAAAUGA